AUGGGCAAGAUCAUCUUCUACGAGGACAGGAACUUCCAGGGUCGCUCCUAUGAGUGCAUGAGCGACUGCUCUGACAUGUCCUCCUACCUGAGCAGGUGUACUUCCUGCAGGGUGGAGAGCGGCUGCUUCAUGGUCUACGACCGCCCCAACUACAUGGGAAACCAGUACUUCCUGAGGAGAGGAGAGUACUCUGACUACAUGUCUAUGGGCAUGACUGACUCGAUCCGCUCCUGCCGUUUGAUUCCUCAGCACAGAGGCUCUUACAGGAUGAGGAUCUACGAGAGGGAGAACUUCCAGGGCCUGAGUCACGAGCUGAUGGACGACUGCGAAAACUUCCAGGACCGCUACCGCAUGUCCGACUGCCAGUCCUGCAACGUGAUGGACGGCCACUGGCUGAUGUACGAGCAGCCCCACUACAGAGGCAGGAUGAUGUACCUGAGGCCCGGAGAGUACAGGAGCAUGAGAGAUGUGGGAUACAGCGGCAUGAGGCUCAGCUCCGCCAGGCGUAUAAUGGAUUCCUGUUGA